AUGACAGGUCAUAUCUCGUUCUACUUCUUAUUGUCCUUAACGGGCUGCUCUGAUUGCACGCUACUGGGGACAAUAUCACCGGCUCUCCAUCACGAUGCUACUCGUUACUGCCAUAUUUGCACCAAUCACACAAUGUGCCAAUUCCCGUCAGACGCGGCUGGCGUCGGAUGCGUGAGCCUGGAACCUGAAGAUAUCGAUGAGAAGGACAUCGAAACGAUCCUCGAAUGGCAUAAUAUUUAUCGUAACACCGUGGCCAGCGGAUUCGAACAACGUGGAAAUCCCGGGCCACAGCGACCUGCGAAAUUCAUGAUGGAACUGGUCUGGGAUGAGGAACUCGCUCAUAUCGCCAGGCGCUGGGCGCUGCAGUGCAACCUCUUUGAGAAAGAUCAGUGCCGAGACGUUGGCAAGUAA